CAGAUUAUUGCAAGCAUGAUUUUCAUUUGCAAUUAUCUAUUUAGGGUUUUCAUAACAAAUUUGAGAAGUAUAUUUCAUCGGCGACCAUCUUCAUCUGCACAACUUGAAACAACUCACUACCAACAUGGUAUUCCUGGGAUUCCUACUGAUGGUAAAGUUGUUCUACUAAAAAAUUCCAGCAAUGGGGCUCUAGUCUAUCUAAUUGGAACUGUUCAUGGUUCUGAACAGAGUGCUGAAACCGUCAAGGAGGUGAUAGAUCAUGUAAGGCCUGAUGUUGUUGCAGUAGGUAACACUCCUUAUGGUUGAGCUGUGCAAGGAAUGUGCCAUGGCGAUCAUGGAGUGGAAACCUGAAGAUGAUACAUCAUUGUACAUGUUGUUCCGCAGAUCCAUGAGAGCUGCAGGUGGACUGUGCAUGAAGUUUGUUAUCUUCAUUGAGAGUUGCCGGGAGCGCCGGUCGCAUGCAAAUGGUAUUUUUCCAGGCCUGGAGUUCAAGGUAGUUGCAAUCGAAGAAUCUUCUAGAGUAGGAGCAAGAUGUUUUUACAUCGAUCAAGAUAUGGAUGUUACUCUUCAGCAAUUAUGUAAAGUAUCCUCUUUUUACUGGCUUUGGAGUGCAUAUAGUACUGGAGUAAGGGGUGAAGCCAAAUUUACAAGAUCCUUUGUGCAGGAAAUACAUAGCUUUCAGAAAGAACUUAGUCCAGAGAUUUUAAGGCGAUGAUUGAAGAUAGAGACAAGUUUAUGUUUACGAACCUUAGAAGUUUUCAAGGAAAAGUUGUAGCAGCGGUUGGGAUGGGUCACAUGGAUGGAAUUGAACUAUUGUGGAAGCGAGAGGAGGAGGAUGACAAUAGCAGCGUCUUUAUAACUGUAAUUGAGGGUUGCCACGGACAUUCAGAGUAGGGUGAAGACAAAUUGUUUGGGGAAGUUUCAGUCUAUGCUGUUUCGAAUCGGAAUUUUGUGAACAAGGUUGGUUUUAUUAGGCCAAGCUAGGUGAUGCAGAUGAGCAGGCUAUAGCCUAUUUGGAGGCUAAAAAUCCAAGUGUCGUAAUUUAGAUCCUUAGGGGUCCAUUUCUAUGGGAAACAAGCCAAAAAACAGGACAAGGCAAUCUUCGAUUGACUUGGUCUUCAGAAUUUAGCCAAAUUCCAUCGUUUAGGGCAUCAAACAUACGUUUUUGCUAUUUUAGGAAAGUUUUUAUUUUGUUAAUAACUCUUUCGUUAGGAGUCUGUUUGGG